AGAUAGUUCGUAAAUUAUCGUUGUUUUUACUUUACCUGUGUGAUAGAACACCUGUCAACAGAAACGAAAGCCAUAUUUUCAAAGCGUUUAAAGUUGCGAGCAAGGGAAGUAUGCUAAAUUUGGUGUCGCUAUUGUUUCUUUGUGGAUCUGCCCACUUAGCCGCUGGCGCCUGUGCCACCGGGUGGGUUCAGUUCGAGACUUCCUGCUACAAGAUUGAAGCCCGAGCUAUAAAGCAGUGGACAGAUGCAAAGAAAGCAUGCGAGGCUGAAAAGGCACAAUUAACCAUAAUCAUGACAAAGGAGGAAAACGAUUUUGUGCAGAGAGAACUCAGGAAGUUACAAAUAGCAGAUAUGGGUAUGCAAUUCUGGAUGGAUGGAACAGAUAUAACAACGGAAGGACAGUGGAUAUGGGAAAGCACUGGAGAGUAUUUUGAAAUUUACGACUGGUCGCCAGGCGAGCCAAAUCAAAGUGGCGGCGAAGAAGAUUGCAUGUCAUUCUUCCGGUUGUACGAUUACCAUUGGAAUGAUGAGCAUUGCAAUCGUCCGGAAGGAUAUGUGUGCGAAAAGGAGAUGGCCAGCGGACCGGCAGUUGGUUAAAAAGUUAUUCGAUAAAAGCGGAUUGACUGUCGACAAGUAUACCUGACUGCAUUUGUAUCUAUGCCAAAAUAAAUAAAAUAAGCAAGUAA